UUCAGAAUGCCAGUUACGAAAGACUUGGAGAAAAGCCAUGGGGUAUUGACGAACAUAAAUGGAAUUUUACCAAAAUGUACGUGGAAAGUCUACGGUUUGAGACGAAAAGUUUAAUGUCUGAAGCAUCUGACAGCGGUAUGGGAACUGAAGGAGCACCAUCUGAAUUUGACGUGGAUAUCGGUGAUAAACGUGACACUCAGACGAUAGCAGGCGACAAUUGGAACUCACUGUCAUCAGCUGUGCAGACUGGCAACUUUGCCAUCAUCGAGGAUAUGUUGUCACGUGGCCUGGAUAUCAACACAAAAAAUAACGAUGGUAAAACGGCUCUAAUUUUAGCUGCUUGGACUGGCAAAAUAGAUGCCGUAAAUUACCUCUUGGACAAAGGAGCUGAUCCCUUUAUUGAAGGCCACUCUGGCAUUACUCCACUGCACGCCGCUUCACAGGGUGGUAAUGUCACCAUCAUCGAGAGACUAAUGUCACGUGGUCUAGAUGUCGAUUCAAAAGAUAGUGGAGGGAGUACACCGUUGAUGUUGGCUGCAGCUUUUGGCAAGAUUGAAGCUGUAAAUUAUCUUUUAGACAAUGGAGCCGAUCCUUCUAUUAGAAACCAAUAG